UUUUGUUUUUCAUGGCGGGUUGCGAAUGGUGAACCCUCGUGGAUGUACUCUCGAUUUUGUACACUUUGUCCUAGCUAAACGUAUACGCCGUAUGGGCAUCUGUUUUGAGUAACAUUAGCUGAAAUAUCUAAGCUUUUAUGUUUGGUUUAAGUUAACGUAACGAGUUAUUUAAAAUCGUAAAUUCACCGCUAAUUUUUUAUGUCAGAAUUGCUAACGUUAGCUAAGGAACCAAUCUCCCUGGAUUGACCUAAGUCUGAAAAUAAUAUCAAAUCAUAAGUUCGAUGGACAGCUCACUGGUACAAGUCAACCCGCUGCUUUUACCUCUCAACAAAGAGAAAACAGUCUAUGAUGGCUUUAUCACUGUUGAGGAACAAGACUUCAGAAUGAGAAUACUGCUACCACCAGAUCGCCAGCUCAAACAGGCCAAGCUACACUGCAGUUGGCAGUUAAAACACCUGUUACAUGGAUAUGAGCACAUAGUGAAGCAGAGGCUGCAGCAGUCAACUGAUCUUGUCAGUUUCAUUCUGGAGCUGAAGACUGUCUUGGAAGUGGGUUUGAAGAGCCGUCCUGAGUGCAGCUCCAUUCCACCUCCACGGUAUUAUUCGCAGCUCAUUUCUGAGAUGGAGACCCUUGGGUGGGACACGCUGCUUUUCAUAGACACAGAGUUUCGAACGCUGAGACUGAAGGCAGAGGACUCCUCUGGAAGGCAACACAUUCUCACUAUUAAACUCAAGUCUAAGCACCCUGCAGAGGCUCCUGAAUGCUCAGCUGACCUGCCAGUCCCACUGGCCAUAACAUGGACGCCACAGAGCACUCUGGAACAGCUCCAUAAGCAGUUUGUUCUGGUUUUGGAGUCCCUGACAGAGUUCUGGGACGUCCUGGACGAGCUUGACAGCCAGACCUGGAUUCUGGAGCCAGAAAAACCCACCUGGUCUGACACUAUGAGGCGGAUCACCAUCGGAAACAAUGUAUCCAUCAAAGUGGAGGUGAAUCCCAGACACCCAAAGAUGCUGCCAGAGUGCUGCCUGCUGGGAGCCGAGCAUGUGGUGACUCCGUUGAGAAAUAAGCUGAAUGCCAAUAUGCACUUGUGGAACCCGAACUUCAGCGUCUUGCACAACCUCCGGGAUGUUUUAGAGAUCAAAUUCCCGUCACCUGCCACCCACGAAAAAUCUGGUUUCAGUGCUGACUGUGGGAUCUGUUACUCUUACCAUCUUGAAGCUGCAAUCCCUGAUCAGGUGUGUAAUGACCCUCGCUGUGGCCAACCCUUCCACCAGGCCUGUCUCUAUGAGUGGCUGAGAGCACUGCCCUCCAGCAGGCAGAGCUUCAACAUUGUUUUUGGAGAGUGUCCUUACUGCAGCAAGCCUAUUACCGUGAAGAUGUUGGCGAAGAAGAGCUGAGAAGUGGCUUUGUGUUCCAGUCAGCUUCGGGAAACAGCUGAGAAAGACUGGUAGACCUAGCAGACACUUCACCUGCUCAAAAGUUAGUUUUGCUGAACAGAGAGGUUUAAAUGCAUUUUGGGAUGACUCUAAGAACAGCAUCCAAGAAAAAGAAGAUGCCCACAAAGACAAGGCCACGCAACAGUCCAUUCCUCUGUGUGGGACCAGCUUCCAGUCCUGGACCUCUGAGAGCAGGCCAUUCCCAGGCACCAGAGCUGUCUCUGUGUUCAGGACAGAGGUUCCUGGCUUUGGUUGGGGAGCCCUUCACCCCAUCUCUUGCUGUGGUCCAUGUGUGUUUGGCUCUUAAUGACACACUGUAUAACUAUGUGCUUCCCUUUGUGGGUAGUGUCGUUGAUCCGGUCUCUCUGGAGUCACUGUCAGAUUGUCUGUUUUCCUCAAAGUCUUUUUGGGUUUAGUUUUCUGUUAGAGAGGAUAAUUCAAGUGUUUGUUCUUUUAGAACUGGCAGUAGCACAAGCUACCCUACUGUGCUGUCUGAUAAGUCAUUAACUCCAAAUAAAUGAUUA